AUGUUUAAACAUUCGAAAGGUCCUUUAAAUAUGAAUGGUCUAUAUUUAUCAACAUCACUUCAUCAUCUACAUGAUCGAAAACAAUCUUGCAUUUCUCAACAAAAAGAUUUGAAUCAAAAUAGAUCUCAAUCGCCAAUAGAUAUGAAUGAAAAAAUUUCAACUAAAAGUAGACAUUCAUCAUCGUCAUAUACUUCAUUAAGUUCUUAUCUGAAAGAAUUUAAUUUAACUAAUAAAGAUUUCUUUGACUUACAACAAGCUCUUAAAAUAAUUUUUCAUUAUGUUCAAUCUCAAAUCGUCUGUGAUCAUAAUAAAGAAUUAGUUAAACAACGUUUAAAAACUCCGUAUUUACAUCAACAAGUAAAUAUAGAUGAUCAAUCAUCCUUACCACUUUAUACUGAUGAAUGUUUCAUUCGUAAUGGCUUAUUAAAUCAUAACUAUGGUCCAGAAAUUCAUGAUAGUCGUUGUCAAUCAAUAAAUUUAUGUUAUUCAAAUCAUUCUAAACCUAGUAUUCAUUUACAAAAUAGUUCAUCAUCAUGUUAUACAUUAUCAUCAGCAUCUAAUUCAAUGCAAUUAACAUCUUCUUUGAAUAUUUCAUUACCAUUGGCAUUACUUUCUAAUCAAAAACAUUUAUUUUCAGCAUUAACAAAUAAUUUUACAUUAGGCAAAGAUCAAAAUAAUGAAACUAAAUCGAUGAUUAUUCGACGAAAUAAAGUGCAAGCAUGGGAAAGAGAUAAUACUUUACAACGAAGAACAUCUAUAGCAGACUUUUCAAUAGAACAGAAUGUUCAACUUAAAGCAUCGGAUCAUCAUCAAAGUACGAUAGUUCGAACACCCUCGAUUAUAAAAGAUGACAACAUCGUAAAAACAACGGAAGACGUCAUUAACAAGAAUAGUAUCUUGCUAACAGGGAGUGAUAAAGAAUAUGAGAAAAUUUUGGAAAAUAAAAAUAUUGACGAUUUAUUUCCUAUGGUCAAAAGACUUGCUCCGUAUAUCAUAAUUUGUGAUGCUUUUCAUCAAACUUCAAAUAAUAAUGGCUUAAAUGGCAAAUUAUCAAUAAAUAAAAAUAACGAAAAAUCAAUGCAAGAAAUCAAUCAUCGAGUGAAAGUGUCUGAAAAACGAACAUUAACUGAUGUAUUAGAUCCACAAUCGAUAAAAGUCAAGCGACAGUCACUGUUAUUGUAA